CUAGCCACGCGCUUCCCUCUCUUCUCUAUGGUUCCUCCCUCGGGAUUCGGCCUCUCAGUGGCGGCGCCUUCGGUCCUGCGGGCAGGCUCUUGGUUGCGACACCAUGGACGGUUACGACUCAGAGGAUUUCUCGUCAUCCGAGGAAGACGAAGACUACGUGCCCUCCGGUGGAGAAUAUAGUGAAGAUGAUGUGAAUGAAUUAUUGAAGGAAGACGAAGUGGAAGAUGAAGAGAAGACACAGAAAAGCAAAGGCAAAAAAAGAGAUUCCAGAGAUACCAAGAUGAAAUCUCUGGGUGUCGGUCCCAGGAAGAGAAAAAAAGGUGGGCUACUAAUGGAAGACAAGGAAGAAACUGACGACAAGGUAGAAGCAGAAGCAGCAGCAGAAGGAAAUACUGAUGAAGAGGAAGAAAAAGCAGUGGAACCAGAGAAAAGCAUUCCAUCGGAGGAGGAGAAGAAAAGACAAGAUGACGCUCUCUGGGCGAGCUUCCUCAACGACGUGGGACCCAAAGCCCAAGCUCGGCCUGCCAGAAGCCAAGCAAAGACAGAAGGAGAAGGCCAAGAGAAGAGUUCAGACAGACUCCUCGUGACAGCGAAAGAGUCAGAGAAACCUAGCGAAAGAGAAAAAGUUAAAAUCACCAAGGUGUUUGAUUUUGCUGGUGAAGAGGUCAGGGUGACUAAGGAAGUAGAUGUAGCAUCAAAAGAAGCCAAAUCCUUUUUCAAGCAGAAUGAGAAAGAAAAGCCACCAACUGGUGUCCCUUCAGUACCAUCGGCACUCCCAACAGGCUCUGGGCUGAAAAGACCAAGUGGAAUGAGCAGCCUUUUGGGGAAAAUUGGAGCCAAGAAACAGAAGAUGAGCACCCUGGAGAAAUCCAAGCUGGACUGGGAAAGCUUCAAGGAGGAGGAGGGUAUUGGUGAAGAACUGGCUAUCCAUAAUCGAGGAAAAGAGGGGUACAUUGAAAGGAAAGCUUUUCUGGAGCGAGUGGAUCACAGACAGUUUGAAAUUGAGCGGGACCUCAGGCUGAGCAAAAUGAAACCUUGAUGGCGCUGGAAAGCUGUUCUGGCAGUGGGUCCCUGCGUAUGCUGUGAGCUCAGCUUCUGUGUGUCUGUGAAAUCUCUCCUGUCCUGCUCACCGGCUGUUUUCUGGAAAGGGUGGUUCCGUGUUCUGUUUUCCAUGUCGAAACUCAGUCUGUAUAUCUUGAUCUUGCAUGGUGUCGUUUGUUUUAUUUUUAUAAGUUCUUACUGUGGGAAACUGUUCUGGGACUGGUGAAGAGGGUGGCACCUUCCUCACAGCAGAGAGCGGGGUCUCUGCCUGUGGUAGAGAGAGGACACCCAUCUUGACAUGGACAGUUAGCCUAGAUUUGCUGAAAUCACCGUGACUCUCUACUGGAGUGCAUCCUUUGCCCUGACACCAAUGCUAAGGAGAAAAGAUAGAGGCACACUUCUGCUGGCCAAAUGCCAGGUCACUGGGCAGUUUUGUAUUCAGCUCUCCCAUGUUCUGUCACUUCCUUUCUCUCUCUCACCUUCCUUCCAUCUCCCUCCCCCCUGCUCCUCUCUGUUUCUUUCCUCUCCACUCACCCCCCCAUCUCCCUCUUCUACAGUGGGACUUCUUUUAGCAUAAUGUGAAACUGAAAUUAUGGACAUAUUGUUGCUCGAUUGAAAAUUGUUUUUCCUCUUUCCAAAGUAAAAGCCAAUUUUUUCUAGGUUCAAUCCUGCCACCAAAUCUCUUGUCAAUUGGUUUGGUAGAGAAUAUCCCCAGACUUUGUUUCUCAUCCCUCAUGAGAAAAUGAAGACACCCACAUCCCAGAUCAGCUUCAGGCUUCCUCUUGGGAGCAGCCAGGAAGAACAAUAUCAGGAAUAGAUUGAGGGUGGGAUGGGAACAGGGAGCUGGGGCCAAAACAUUCACAAUAAUAAAAGCAUUAAAGCCUCGA